AUGGCUGCGGCGGGGGCGGCGGGCACCACCGGGGCCGGCGAGGGGAAGAAGCGGGGCGCGUCGCGGAGCUGGAUCCUGCUCGACGCGGCCGGGGAGGAGCGGGUGCUGGACGCCGAUAAGUACGCCAUCAUGCACCGCGUCGACAUCAACGCGCGCGACCUCCGCAUCCUCGACCCGCUGCUCUCCUACCCCUCCACCAUCCUAGGGCGCGAGCGUGCCAUCGUCCUCAAUCUCGAGCACAUAAAGGCAAUCAUCACUUCCGACGAGGUUUUGCUUAGGGAUCCUUCUGAUGAGAAUGUAAUCCCUGUAGUAGAGGAGCUCCGGAGGCGGUUAGCUCCAUCAAAUGCCACUCAGCAUGAUGGAAAAGAGAACUUAAAUGGACAGCAUGAUGUGGAAGGGGCAGAAGAAGAUGAAUCUCCUUUUGAGUUCCGUGCAUUGGAGGUUACUCUGGAAGCAAUCUGCAGUUUCCUUGAUGCACGCACUACUGAGCUUGAGACCGAUGCUUACCCAGCUCUGGAUGAGUUGACAUCCAAGAUCAGCAGCCGCAACUUGGAUAGGGUACGAAAGUUGAAAAGCGGCAUGACAAGAUUGACCGCAAGGGUUCAGAAGGUGAGAGAUGAGCUUGAACAAUUAUUGGAUGAUGACGAUGACAUGGCUGAUCUUUACUUGUCUAGAAAGUUGGCUGGGGCAUCUUCCCCCGUCAGUGGUUCUGGUGGACCAAAUUGGUUCCCUGCAUCCCCAACUAUUGGUUCAAAAAUAUCAAGAGCAAGCAGAGCCAGUGCAGCUACUGUGCAUGGAAAUGAGAAUGACGUUGAAGAGCUAGAGAUGUUGCUAGAGGCAUAUUUCAUGCAAAUUGAUGGCACAUUAAACAAAUUGACAACGCUGAGAGAGUACAUCGAUGACACAGAAGAUUACAUCAAUAUCCAGCUUGAUAACCACCGUAAUCAGUUGAUUCAGCUAGAGUUAUUCUUGAGUUCUGGGACCGUCUGCCUGUCGCUGUACUCGUUAGUUGCUGGAGUCUUUGGUAUGAAUAUUCCGUAUACCUGGAAUGACGGCCAUGGAUACAUCUUCAAAUGGGUGGUUCUUGUAUCAGGGCUUUUUUGUGCCUUUAUGUUUGUCUCCAUUGUUGCGUAUGCGAGACACAAGGGUCUCGUCGGAUCCUGA